AUGUCAGGACAGAGCUGGGAGCGCAAGCACAGAAAGGAAGUGACCGAGCUCGAGAGGAAACACCUGACGAAAAUGGCGCAGACGGUGGAGCGCGCCGAGGCCGAAAUCGGCCGCGACCAGGAGGUGGCCCGCUGGAAGCUGGAGCUGGCAAGCGGCUACGAGACCCAGAUCAAGGGUUUGUCUCUGGAGAUGGACGGGGUUGCGGCUGCAGAUCCGCCAGCUGGACCAGACCCGGCAGCGACUGCAGAGCCACCUGGGGCCGGCCGACGAAGGCGCCACCAUCGAGGUGGCGCGCGAGGAGCUGAGCUGCUGCACCGCGACCGUGAGGAGCAGAGUGAGCAGAUCCAGCAGCUGGGCGGGCUGGUGCGCGUGCUGUGCCAGUACUACCAGACGGCCGAGCGGCUGUACCGGCCGGCGCCGCCGCCCGGCCGCAGCGCUGACCCGGAGGCCGAGGCAACCGACCGCAUGGUGCUGGAGGCGCUGGCGCCUGACGAGGGCCCGACCCCGUGA